AUGUGGCCCAGGGCAGAGCGGUUUGACCGACGCUCGCUGGGUUCACAGGGGUCCGAGGGAGAAAACGUGUCCCUGCACCACAGUCAGUUGGAUCCUCGGAGGCUUCUCCCUCCCUCCUCGUCCAGCAGCAGCGGCAGCAGCAGCGGCUCCUCCCCCCGUCGUAAUCUGAUUGUUGACCCCAGGACCCCAAAAUUCUGCAGCAGAGCUUGA